AUGUCGGACGACGAAGACUACUACGACGAGUUCGACGAGAUCUUCUGGAUCGAGGAGCCUGAGCCUGAGAUCGCCGACGACCUCGCCGCGACCGCCACCUACGACGCCAUCUUCUACGAAGACCCCUCCCUCGAAGUCGAAGACUUCUGGAGCGACUGGGACGAGAUGUCCGACGAUUACUACGACGAAGACCCCACCGCUGUCCGCAUCCAACGGGUCAUGGCCAACUGGCCCAACCGAGACCGGGACCUCAAGCAAGCCGCUGCUGCACCUGCGCCGAAGAAACGGAAGCCGGAUCCGCAAUCGAAGUCGAAGUCGAAACCCGCCGAGGGCCCCAAGACCGACGUCGCUUCGUUCCGGGGCACCGUGUGGCGCACCGCGACUGACGAGAACAAUCGCGCCAAGUUGUACGAGCCCGGCGACGGCGAGAAAGUGGCCCUGCUGAAGAACUGGCGCGAGGUGUUUCGCACCUCGCAUCCGGCGAACGAGAGGGCGCGGAUACGCAAAGGCACGGUCGCGGCGCCCGGAAAGUCGGCUGUUGAGAACGGUGCGGGGCCCAAUGGGCGCGCGAGAGCUGGCAAUGGUGCGGCGAGGAAAGACAACGAUGAGGAUCGCAUGGUGGAGGAUUGGGAUGUCGAUGGGGGAGUCGAGGACUCGACGGCGCCGGUUAAGGCGUUUUCGCCGCCGCCGGUGCACACGCCGCCGCCGGUGCACACGAGUCGUGUGAUUGACUCGGCGGCCGAUAUGCCGGUCAAUUCGAAAAUGAUUGAGCACGAGUAUCCGAUGGAAGGGCAUGAGGAUUACAAGCACACGCUGGAACUGGAGGCACGGGAGCCGAAGGAGGCGGAUCGGACGCGGAGCAAGAAGUCCCAGAUGAACGGGGUUGCUGCUAGCAAGGCGAGUAAGAAUACGUCGGCUGCGGAGCCUGUGGCGAGAGGGAGGAAACGCAAGGCGUCGGUGUCUCAUGAGUCGCAAGGCACUACGGACAAGAACGGCUCGGACACGGGACCUCGGUCUAAAAGAAUUGCAUCGAAGAAGGUUGGGGAGACAACGGAAAAGCCGGCAGAGUCAACGGGGCCAGUGCGGAGGUCGACAAGAAACAGGGACAAGAAAUAG